CCGCUCUCCUUCCCUCCGCCGCCAACGUUUCCGCCAGGGCAAUGGCGGUCGGCGGGUAAAGGGUAGCGGGGGCCGCUGUCCUGGAGCGCCGGCCGCAGAGCCGCGCUGGGGGCGGGCGGCGGCCCUGACUCUUUCCCGAGGGGUCCCCCGGGAGAGCGGUGGCGAGCGGGACGAACUUUCCGUUUAGCUCGGCUGCCUCCGCCGCGUCUCCGCGAGGGAGCGCGGGCGCCGUGCGGCGGCAUGCUGCCCGCCUCCCUGGUGCGGGCGGGGCUGCGGGGCUGCCUGGGCGGGUGGCUGCGGGCUCCCCCCGGCUGGGCGCCGCUGGGGCCGGGGCCCUGCCCCUGCCUGAGGUGGCGGCACCAGGCCCCCCGCAGCGAGCCCGCCCUGCUGCUGCGGGCCGCCCGGCGGAGCAUCGGGGCGCAGGCGGGGGGGCUGAGAGCUGAGAAGCCCGGCGGUAGCGGCAAACAGGUGUCCGUGCAGAGGGCUCGGAGGGAGGAACCGCUGCUGUCCGCCGCGCAGAGAGUGAAAGAAGCCGGAAGAGACUUUACCUAUUUCAUUGUGGUUCUUGUUGGAAUUGGUGUUACAGGUGGUUUGUUCUAUGUGAUUUUUAAAGAGCUCUUCUCUUCUUCUAGUCCAAGUAAGAUCUACGGAGAUGCCUUGGAGAAAUGCAGAUCUCACCCUGAGAUAAUUGGUGUUUUUGGUGAAUCUAUUAAAGGCUAUGGGGAGGCAACAAGAAGAGGAAGACGACAGCUUGUCAGUCACAUUGAAUACGUAAAGGAUGGACUGAAACACAUGCGUUUGAAGUUCUAUAUUGAGGGCUCUGAAUCAGGGAAGCAGGGAACAGUCCAUGUGGAAGUCAAAGAGAAUCCUGAGAGAGGAAAAUUUGAGGUCCGCUACAUAUUUGUGGAUGUUGACACCUAUCCUAGAAGAACCAUUGUCAUAGAAGACAACAGAUAGCCAGUGAUCAAAGUUGCUGCCUGAUCUCAUUGAGUAUUGGAUGAUACUGGUGUAGCCAGUCUACACAUGAAUUGUUUGGUGUUCUCAACUGUAUCUUGCAACUUUGGGGGUUGUGUUGCAGGAAGUAGCCUCUCAGGGCCUCUGAUAAGGUCUUUCAUAAUUACAGAUGCAGGAUCUGAAGUUAAGCAAGUGAAAUGUAUUAGAGCCAUCACUUUGGGCAAAUACUUUCGACACAGGAAAAUAAUGGCUCAUUAAAAAUAUUUUAAUGCUGGAUGAUACUUCUGCACACCUAAAAACUCAGUCUUCCAAGAUGUUAUGUUUGGGUGGGAAUUUUUUUGUCUUCCUUUGGAUUUCCCACUAGCCCUGCAAUAAAGAAAGUGGUAUUUUAAGUGUA